AUGACAUCCGAAACUGUCGCCACUCAGAAUUCUAGCUUCGAGGAAAAGAAACUACGUUUGUUUUUUUCUCGUCUCGACGUUGAUAAUUCUGGCACAAUUACCGUCUUUGAUUUACAGCGUGUGUUGUUGAACGGCGAUUGGACGCCAUUUAAUUUAAAUACCGUUCAACUAUUAUUCAAUUUAUUUGAUCGAGAUCGUAAUGGCGUUAUUCACUAUGAAGAAUUUAUUGGCCUGUGGAGAUAUAUCGAAGAUUGGAAGAAAAUUUUUGCAACUUUUGAUCGGGAUAACAGUGGAUACAUGAGCACAGGUGAACUCAUGUCGGCAAUGAAAGGUUUCGGAAUGAACAUUAGCGAAGGAAUGUUGAUCAAAAUUGUUAAAAAAUACAACCAAAAAUAUCCUUCGGACAAGAAAAAACACCA